AUGUCGAUAACAAGAGUACGAGCUGUGAGCCAUCAAGAUCUUGUUCCGAAUCCUAAAACAACCGAUCUUAGCAGCAAAACCAGUAUUUUCAUUGUGGUUUUGACCAUAAUCUUUGGCCUCUCCUGCUUUGUUCUCUGUCUCUAUGCUGAAGCCACGAGAUCUCAGGCGAUUUGGGGAAGCAAAACAUGUGUGUACACCGGUAACGGGAAAACGCCGUUGUUAUGCGGUACAAUUGCAUUCGUGGGACUAGCGGUGGCGAUGGUGGGAUUGCACAUGUACUUACUUAUCGCAGUCACCACAUCUCCGCCGCUGGUUCUGGUUACGUGGGAUCCUGACUCUGUUUCCGCGAAGACUCUCACUUUUCAAGCAGCCUUCUUCUUCGUAUCAACGUGGGUUUGCUUUGGUGUUGGAGAGGUUCUACUGUUGGUGGGACUUAGUGUGGAAUCAGGACAUCUAAAGAAUUGGUCUAAGCCAAAACCUAGUUGUCUAGUAAUCCGACAAGGCUUGUUCUCCGCAGCAGGAGUGUUCUCGCUUCUAACCGUCUUUCUAGCGACAGGACUUUACCUGACGGCUCUUCAAGCACAUAGAAUCUCCAAAGAUCUCGAAAAUACGCAUAGAGACAUCCUCGAGGCAUCAGUUCUUUAUGCAUCUCCUCCAAGAUCGCCCACGAAUCGGAUGGCUACGGUAGCUCGAGAAGGUCCUGCUACGAUUAGAGAUGACUCGACGUCUUUGGGAUAUCUUGUUUCUUUAAAGCAACUUGCUUAUAUAGUAUAG